UUCUAAAACAAACAAAGUUUAGAGUUGUAAGAAAGGCAGCAAAGAAUGCUUGGAAAUCUCAAGAAGCUCCUCACAGCAAAGAAGUUGAGAUCUCUGUGUUUUCCUUACGCUUCCCCUUCACUCUCUCUCUCUCUCUCUCUCUCUCUCUCUCAUAGUUGAAGAAUCAUCGUCGUCACUAGCAGUUUAUCUGUGUUUUUCAGCUAAUUUCAAUUCGUUAUCAAUCGGUAGCAUUUGAAUAUUCAUAUUCCUGUUGUGUAGUCUGAGAACUAACUGUCUUUUUGUUUUUGCUUUGUUAGAAAAUAUAUGUUUAGUAAUAGUAUUCAUGACUAAGUAAGUUGUUCUUACCCAUUCCUGAUUUUGAGUUUUCCAUUGACAAUCAAUUUAUGAUUUAAUUUUUAUGGCUGUUGAGAGAAUAGAGUGUUCCUAGAAGUUUGAAUUUGCACAUGACACUGAUAGCUGAACUAAUAAUCCAUGUCUUAUGAAUUUCCAUUUAUUAGUUUCUUUCCAAUGUAUUUGAGAACCAGAUGAAAUAACCUUACACAUUCUGAAAACUAGAGAUUGGGUUUUUGGAUUUGGAAACUCUGCAGGGGUAGUAGAGGUCAACAGAGUUUUGCCCACUAAUUAAUCUAGAUAUGGGUCAUGAAUUACGACAUUUAUGCCCGGUGGAAGCCAGGAGACUUGUGUGGCUAAUUGGGAUGAUGUUCGCCGUCGUUCUAAUAGUGCAGCACUUUGAAUUUCCAUAUAACAGUGUGUUAGUGUCUAUAUAUUCUUUCAGAAAGCCCCAAGUAUUGGGAAAUGGAACCUUCUCAACCGGAAAUUCAUCUGCUAACCCCAAAAUAUUUGGUAAUAUGAAAUCUUUUAAUGGGUCAAACUCUACUGAAACAGAUACUUGUCUUAGUGUUGUUAACAUGACCAAGAAUGAUUCUAUAGAGCUUAGCCACAAUUCAACAGUGGACAUAGCAAUUACAGAUAAUUCUUCUUUAGGCAUUGCCACUCCAGCAACCCCUUCAAUUGCUUUACCACCAACAAUUUCAUCACCCAACUUAGACACUCAAACAAAUGUGGAUACGAAUUCACAAAGUCCCAUGAUGUCUGUUUAUCCCAACACAUCUUCAGUGGAAAAAGACAUAGGCAAUACACUUCCCAGGGAUGAAAAAUCUGGGGAAUUGCAAAUUGAUAAUAGUUCUUCCAAGACUAUUGUUCCAGCUGUGAAUGAAACGUCCGAGAGGCCAACAACAACAGUGGUAUCAAUAUCUGAGAUGAAUGAUUUGUUGCUUCAGAGUCAGGCUUCAUCUUUGUCAAUGAAACCGCGAUGGUCUUCUGCAGUUGACCAGGAAUUACUGAAUGCAAAACUACAGAUUGAAAAUGAACAUGUCAUCGAAAAUGAUACUGCACUUUAUGCUCCCCUCUAUCGGAAUGUUACCAUGUUUAAAAAGAGUUAUGAGUUAAUGGAACAGAUGCUCAAGGUUUACGUCUACAAGGAGGGAGAGAGACCCAUUUUCCAUGAGCCAGUGCUCAAGGGAAUAUACGGUGCUGAGGGUUGGUUCAUGAAGCAGUUGCAAGCAAGCAAACAAUUUGUUACUACAAACCCAACAAAAGCCCACCUAUUUUAUCUACCUUUCAGUUCUCGAAUGCUUGAGGUGACCUUAUACGAACCUAAUUCUGACAGUUACGAGAACCUGGUUCAGUAUCUGAAGAACUACCUCGACGUGAUUGUGGCAAGAUACAAUUUCUGGAACAGAACUGAUGGAGCUGAUCAUUUUCUUGUUGCUUGCCAUGACUGGGCUCCAUAUGAAACCAAGCAACAUAUGGCUCAUUGCAUAAGAGCUCUUUGCAAUUCUAAUGUCAAAGAAGGCUUCAAAUUUGGCAAGGAUGUGUCUCUUCCAGCAUCUAACGUGCGCUCAUCUCAAAAUCCCCUGAAAGAACUUGGAGGCCAUCCUCCUCCCCAACGACAAAUCCUUGCUUUCUUUGCUGGAAGGAUGCAUGGUUAUCUCCGUCCUAUUUUGUUGCAGUAUUGGAACAAAGAUCCUGACAUGAAAAUUGUUGGUCGAAUGCGCAGAGUGAAGGGUCAAAUGAACUAUGUCCAAUACAUGAAGAGUAGCAAGUACUGCAUAUGUCCUAAAGGUUAUGAAGUCAGCAGUCCCCGAGUGGUGGAAUCCAUCUUCUAUGAGUGUGUUCCAGUGAUUAUAUCUGAUAAUUUUGUACCCCCUUUGUUUGAGAUUUUGAACUGGGAAUCCUUUGCUGUUUUUGUCCCAGAGAAGGAAAUCCCAAAUUUGAAGAAUAUACUCCUCUCAAUCCCAGAGAAGAGGUAUCUUGAGAUGCAUCAGAGUGUUAAGAAGGUACAACAACAUUUUCUUUGGCAUACCAGGCCUGUGAAUUAUGAUAUCUUUCAUAUGAUUCUUCACUCAAUAUGGCACAAUCGAGUUUUUCGAAUAAGACCCAGAUGACAACUGUGUUUUGAUCAUGAAAAGAUUUCAAAUCUGAGAAGGAAAUCUUAUAAAGAGGCAGAAGUUCAUUGUCAUAAUGCAAUUCUUUCCCCCCUUCUUGAGUGGGUUUCUUGUAGUGCUUAGAAGUGUCAUUGUACAUAGAAUUUUGAAAGAAGAAAAUUAUUAUUUGCGGUUAUAAACGCAAGGUAAAUUGUGUUUGUUCCUUUACUAA